AUGUCUGCAACACCACCGACAGCAAGACCCACUGCCAAAGAAGGUGUGGACAUAUACCGGAGCGAUGCAAGUGUCUCUGACAUAUUUGGUGAUCUGAAGGGUCGCAUUUUGCUCGAGGCGAUCUGGACGACCUAUCAGGCGGGGAUUCGGGGAUACAAUGUGGGGCCAGAGAAAACCCGGGUGAAGUUCUACCAAGAGAGCAACAAUGCUGCGUCUCAAGCGGGCAGGAGGUCAGGAUUUGCAGGGCAGCCCAAGAACAUUUAUAGGCAUCCUCUCAACAACCGAGCGCAAAACGGUGUUCGUGAAUGCUACAAGCAGUCAGUCAAGUUGCGAGGCAUUGUUGAAGGCGUACGUGGUGAAGCUUGGUUGACAGAGCCUGGCAUUUGUCCUAGGACAGGUGAGCGAAGUGGACCUUAUGAAGCUCUUAGCUAUGCAAGCCUGGUGGAAUCCUUUUUUGCAGCGCUUGAAGAAGAACCGGGCAACCAGAACUUGCUGAUCACGUUGAGCAAAGGCCUAGAGUGCCGCGUGUUGCACCACCGUAUCCCACCAGCAAUUGCCAAGUAUCUUAUCCAUUUGCGUAACAGGUUUCAUCAAGGAUCCUCUACAUCCUUCUGCGAGCUACUGACCAUGGUGCCAGAUGUACCACUGCUGGAGGAAAACUCUGAAUCGAAUUGGGUGAUCGACACAGUGGCCAAGAAGACCAUGAUCAGCCGCUUGCUUACCACCAUGUGUGGCAGCGUUGUCACAGCUGGAGAUCAGAAGAAAUCACGAGCUGCAGGCAAAGCAAAGGCCAAAGCCAAAUCCAAAUCAAAGGCGACGGCCAAGGCAAAGUCCAACGCUGGCAACGGAGCUUCAGGCACUGCUCACGGUGUUCAAGUACCCAACUUGCCAAAAGAGGAAGACGUAUCCAACCCCAUUGUGUCGUGUGCUGUUGGAGUCCGUCAGAAGCUUUGGUUGGACGACCUUUUGGCAUGUGUGAACCAUGUGGCAUCAAGCGUCAAGGUCAUGAGUGCAGGCAUUGAUGCAGAGCAUAUCAACAUGCUGAAGUCUACUUUGCUGCGCACAGGUUUACUCUUUGCUAUGAAGGGCUCCAUAGUUUUGGAAUCAGCCAAAGGCACAAAGACACAUAAAAAAUGGUCUACACUCCGGCCAGCACUCAAGGAGCAUGGAUUGCUUUUGCUCAUUCAGGCCUGGCUCAUAUUUCUGCAACAACAAUAUAUAGUUCACAGUCAUAUAAUGUUUUUUAGACUAUGUUAG